AAUAACUGCUUCCUAUUGGGGCCCUAAGGAGCUCAGGGAGGGGGGGAAAGGCUGGGAGGGGAGGAGCGAGUAGAGUCCAGCGAGGCGCCCCUCGACGUGAGUGACAUCAAGUUGGCCACACCCAGUCACAUGAUCACCUAGCCAUGCCCUCCCCAGCCAGUAUUAGGUAGAUCAUAUUGGUGGUCCGUGGGAUUUAAAAUUAUGAAUGUAGUGGUCCUUGAGGUCCAAAAGGUUGAGGAUUCUUGGUUUAAGCAACAAGCUAAGUCAUUAUGUAACUAGUUUGGGUUGACUUAGCCCAGUGGGUGCACUCAGAAAUUGCAGCUUAUACAUCAUGGCUUACAAACUCCAUAAUGGUUUAAACAAUUAACUCUGAUUGAAAAUCAUUUUGGUCUCUCCUGCUUAAAAGUAAAUAAAGUGAGAAUUUGGUCACACUUGCCUGAAGAAAUCAAUUCCACCACCACAAGGCUGGAAUAUGUAGACAUUCAACAGGUGGCGAACUCCUCUUAGAGACGUCCUGCUCAAUACUUGACCGACGGAAGGCAUCCGAUGGCCAGACGGUCCAAAGUGCAAUUUGUUCCUGCAAAAACCUAUGAGGACUGGUGGGCAUACAAAGAAACACUUCACGGAAGCUUUGUGCCAGGUCCUCCGUUCUGGGGUCUUGUGAAUUCAGCGUGGAGCCUCUGUGCCAUUGGCAAACGCCAGUCUCCUGUGGAUGUCAACACAAGUCAAAUGAUUUUUGAUCCCUUCCUGCCUCCUCUCCGACUGAGCAUUGGUGGAAAGAAGAUUAGUGGCACCAUGUACAACACCGGCAGGCAUGUCUCUUUUCGUCCAGAUCCGGUACAACUGGUUAAUGUUUCAGGAGGACCUCUGCCGUAUAGUCACCGGCUCCAAGAAAUAAGGCUGCAUUUUGGCAGUGAAGAUGGAUUUGGCUCAGAACACCGGAUAGAUGGUGACAGCUUUUCUGCUGAGGUGCAGUUGAUCCACUACAACCAAGAACUCUACCCCAAUAUUUCCGAGGCUUCACGCAAUCCCAAUGGUUUAGCUGUCAUUUCUAUCUUUGCCAAUAUUGGACCAAAUCCUAACUCUUUCCUGACCAGGCUGUUAAACCGAGAAACGAUUACCCGGAUCUCCUACAAGAAUGAUGCUUAUCUUCUACACGAUCUGAGUCUUGAAGACCUUUAUCCAGAAACAUUUGGUUUUAUCACUUACCAAGGAUCCAUGUCAACCCCUCCAUGCUAUGAAACCGCCACCUGGAUUCUCAUUGACCGUCCGAUCAAUAUUACCUCCGUUCAGAUUCACUCCCUUCGACUUCUCAGUCAGAACCUCCCUUCUCAAAUUUUCCGGAGCAUGAGUGACAACUCGAGACCUCUCCAACCCCUUUUACACCGAAGCCUUCGGGGCAACCGAGACCCACGGCGCCCCACUAAACGUUGCAAAGGAGCCUCCUACAGGCUACAUGUUGAUGGAACACAAUCUCCCAAACCAGGCAUGUAGUUUUGGUGCAAGCUCCCAAACGUCUGAGUGUCUCCGUCACUCAAAAUUCAAUGUCCGACCGAGGAAGCUGCAAUCACCCAUCUCUGAAUGAUUUCCACAGCUUCCAUUGUGGGAAAGGCAACAUGUGGGGUACCAGGGAAGCAGGCUGGAAUACUUGCCUUGGGGUGUUUGGAAAACUCUGAUCACAAUAGGGUUGGGUUGCCAAAAGCUUAAACAAUGAAAUUAGGGUUAUUAAUUUGCAGAAUACGGCACGUCUUCCCCCCAAAGCUAAAGCCUAAUAUUUAAAGAUGGCGGGAACAUCCAGAAGUGUGAGGACUAGAAUCUUUGCACUGCCUCCUUGCUAAAGCAAUGCUGUCUAUUCUGGAGAUCAAAUUUAUUCAAAAUCUCUAUUGGUCAUAAAUGUCAGGUGGAGGCAAUCUACCCCAAAUUAUAUACUGAGCUAAAGUGUAUCCGGCAGACAGAUGUAAUCCCAACACUGAAUGCACUUUAGAAAUGCAGAGGAAUAUCCUCAAUAAUAUCCUAGUGAGACCCCCAGUAUUAUUUGGGGACCUCAAUAUUCUGAGACCUGCAGGAGCCUUGGGAGUCAAAAUUAUAGUGGGAUAGUUUUCUCUGAUGCGUAAAAUGCCUUUAAUCUCAGGAAGUUUAAAAGGAGGGAACUGCAUUACAUGGUGUGUAACCCCACAAACUCUAAGCUUCCAUUGCUCUUUUAAAGAAGAGUUAACUUGGAACUUUAAUCUGGGUAAAACUUGAGAGAAUCUGGGGUGGAAAACAAAUGUGAUAUCCCUCUCCACUCUAUCCUGGGGUGUGUGUGUGAGAGAGAACUGAUAAAAUAUGGAAUCUGUGCUUAUCAUUUCAUUCUGAAUGGCCUUCAACACCCCUAACUGUGAAACAGCAGAGGGAAUAUUUUUAUUGCCAAACGAACCCACCUUUUGAAUAUUGAUGAGUAUUAUUAACUUGAG